UUGGUAUUUCUAGUUCCACAAUUUAAGGUCCGAAGACAUUGGACUGAAGCAUCUUCCAUGAACAGAAAAAAUAAAAAUAAAAAACCAUGGAAACCUCAAAACCAUUACCCAUUUUUCUUCAGUUCUUGUAAAAAAAAUUCCCAAUUUCAUCGCCACUAUUUUCAGGUUUGAAACCUCAGAUUGAAAAAUCAGACCUGUUUCUUUCUCUAGAUCUCUCUCUUUCGUGGGCAUUCUCCUAUUGCUGGUUCUGAAGGUCCGGUCAUGGGGGAUCCAAGUUCAAGCAUGGAGGCGCAACCGUCGGCACCUUCACCGCCAACGCCUCCACCGCCGCCAACCCCUUCAUUGUCUCUGGUUCAGCCUUCAACCAAGAAGAAAAACAAACAUGCCAGGGUAUUUCGUGUUUUCCGUAAUGUUUUCCGAUCAUUUCCGAUAAUGACACCCGUAUGCAAACUCCCCUCCCUCCCCGGCGGCAUAUUACCUGAUGGUCGUUCUGUCACGGGCUCACGCAUCACCGGCACACUAUUCGGAUACCGGAAAGGCCGUGUAAGCCUGUCCAUUCAAGAAAACCCUAAGACCCUCCCCACACUGGUGGUCGAGUUGGCCAUUCAAACCAAUGUGCUGCAAAAGGAAAUGAGCCUUGGAAUGGUGAGGAUCGCCCUGGAAUCCGAAAAACGACCCGAUAAAGACAAGACGAAGCUCUUGGAGGAGCCAUUAUGGACAAUGUACUGUAAUGGAAAGAAAUCCGGCUAUGGCGUGAAGAGGGAGGCAACGGAGGAGGAUUUGAAUGUCAUGGAAGUUCUCAAGGCAGUGUCGAUGGGGGCGGGGGUGUUGCCAGGGAAAUCCGAGGCGGAAGGACCGGACGGUGAAAUGGCGUACAUGAGGGCGUGUUUCGAACGAGUUGUGGGAUCCAAAGACUCGGAGACUCUAUACAUGUUGAGCCCUGAUGGGAACAAUGGACCUGAAUUGAGUAUUUUCUUUGUAAGGAUUGGUUGAUUUUUUGAAAAAAGGUUUAACCCCAACCUUAAGGACUCCCACCGCCUCGUCUCUGAAGAUCGUUAAGGAGGUAAAUCGUGAGAUGUGCUAUAGUAGGACAGGGAACAACAGCUUGCCCGUACACUGGUGCUCACAAAGAGUCCAAUUUCAUAUAUAAGGAAUCAAACCUUCAUAUUGCGGCUUCUCGGAAUAGGUUAAUUUUUUAAUUCUAUGCCAAGGUUGAGUAGUGUUAAUUUAUAGAUACAUAUUUUAUGUAGACGAAAUAUUGAAAAAAAUAAAUAUAUAAUUUAUUUAUCCAGAUUAAUUUAAGGGCUUUCUAA